UGAAGAGGAGGAGCCAGAUGUUGAUGCCACUCGUCACCGAACUGCCUGAAAACCUGACUGAUGCGACCCUUGACCUGGAGAGUGACCCCACAGUUAACGGUGAUGAGGUGGAUAGUGGCGAGGGCAGCAGCAACGAGGAGACGCUGCUGCUCGAAAGUCAAGCCAAGAUCACAGAGCUGCAGGCCUCAGUGGACGCUCUGCUGGCGGAGAAGCUUAAACUGGAGCAACAGGUGGAGGAUCUGACCAAAGAGCAGGUGCAGCUAAGAGAGCAGCUUGCUCUGGAGGUUGAGGAGAAAGAGGCCAUUCUGAGGAAAAUCAACAAACAAAACAAGACCAUGAAUAAACUCAAACGAGUGUCGCAGCUUGUCACAGAGGAGUUCACAGAAAUGUCUCAGAAGCUGGAGCUGGAGCAGGGCCUCCGGCAACACGCUGAAGUCUUUGCCACCCAGAUGAUCCUGGAGCAGAAGGGGGCCCAACACUCAGAGACUGACCUGAAGCUGCAGGUGCAGCUUCAGCAGGCGCUGGAACAGAUCUCCAAAAUCAGCACAGCUCUGUGUGAUAUACAGCUCUGCUACCAGGACCAGUUAAAACAGAGCCAGAGAGCUGUGGAGGGGAGCAGCGCCCUCUCCGAGCUGCAGAACCUCAGGGAGCAGCUGGAGAAGAGUGAGGAGGAGAGGAAGACUUUAGAAACUCAGCUAUCUGAGGCCAACAGCUCAGUCACGCAGCUCCAGGAAGAAGUGAAACAUUUACAAGAGGCACUUGACAGGGAUGAUAAAAUUGACAACCCAGAAGAGAAACCCAUUUCUGCCCCAGCUUCACUGCCUCCUCCACCGCCACCACCGCCGCCACCUCCGCCACCUCCGCCACCUCUGCCUCCCACUACUGUCACCAACUUUCGUGAUUUCCUGAAGAGCAGGAAGAAAGAUGCUGAUCAAAACAAAGCGGCACCCUUGCUGGACAUGAAAGCAAGAGCGGUGGAUGAAAUGAUGGAGAGAAUAAAAAGAGGCAUCAUCCUGAGGCCUAUGAAGAGGAUACAGGAGGACGACAGUUCCUGGAAGGACCAGAAAAGCGAAAACAGAAAGUCAGCCAUCCUGGAGUUGAAAGGAGUGCUGGACAACAUCAAGCGUCAGCAUCACCGCAGAGUGCCAUCCAGGAGGGGAAUCGGCCGUAAUGUGGGUGAAGCAGAGCUCCUGAUGGUGCUCCAGAGGAGGAGGAAAGCAAUGGGAGAGAAUCAGGACUCAGCGCCCUCAAAUCAACCACAGGAUUUCCAGCCAGGUUUGCCGUGUGUUCCAGCAGCAGGAGAUGCUCCCUGGGCAGGUGAGAGCGGCAGCGCCCCUGUGCUUCGGAGGCUGAAGCAGAACCGGGAGAAGAGGGACUCUCGUAUCAGAGCGUCGGCACUGUUCAUCAGCCACCAAGCCUGACAGCUGCAAGAGGAGGACAUGCCACUUAAAGGACAUGCUGCAUCACUAUUGUUAUUAUUAUUAUGCAGUUUUAUAUGACAAUAAACG